CCCAGGCCCGGAGUUGGCGCAACCUGCCCUGAGCCGCUCGCCCACUCUGGCAACGAGCUGCAUGCCGAACCCAAUCGGCGCAUCGCAGCCAAUCGAAUCGCAAUGUGAUUGGAGCAUCUCCCAGUAUAUUAUCCACCCACACCAGACGAAUCUUGGGCAGCACGGGCGCCAGAAUCGGUCGACUCCAAGCAGUCACCAAGCGAGGGUGCGUCGAGAGCCAAACUGAGCGCGCUCCAACCAAGCCCGUUUUUGCCUCUGCCGGCCGGGCGGUCCACUCGCAUAGACUCUCAAUCGGGGCUUUCCGCUCCCACUAGUCAACCCGCAGCAAGAGAUCCAUCUGCCUCGGCUGGCCAUCUGGAGAACAGCGCACUUACCCUGAACCAAGAGAAGGCACCGCAAAUGGCCGACACUGCAUCAGUGCACUCCCACGCCACGACCAACUCGGGAUGGUCCAGCGUCUCGGGCGGCAGUACUGCGACGAGCGUGGUCGAGGCCCUGGCCGUCGAGGCCAUCGGCGGCACGAAAAAAGAAACAUGGAAAAAGAUAUAUUGGCGAAAGUGGCUCCGGCCGCUGCUCGUGGAGAUCUUUACGGCCGUGAAUCGCGAGCCAGACAACAACGUCGUCUCGGCCGCGAUUCUGGUUAUCGAGUUCAUCCAAACCCUCGCGUUUUCGUUUGAGGGGGUGCAAUGGGGCGUGUACGGAGGAACAUUUUCGCACUUCUUGACCGUAUUCCAGCUCUCGCCCUACGUGUCAAGUCCCAACUUCUUCGGUCAAGGCAUCGACACGUCCGCGGCGCUCCUCAUCGCGGCAUUCUUGGUCGUGGUGGUCCUGUUUGCCGAUCUCGCAGCGGCCGUCUACACCUAUUCGACACGAAAGUUUAUCUUUGGCACGGUCCCGAUUCGCGUUCUCAAAUGGGGCGACGUGCCGAUUUUGUUUAUCUUCCUCAACUGCGCCCUGUAUCUCGUCGCGGUGAUCAUGUUCUCGACUGUCGUAAACAUUGAUCUGAGCAUCGAAGCCGCCUCGUAUAUUCUCCUCUUGGUGAUCGUUGUACUCCUCGUCCUCCUGGUCCCAUUCACGCUGCUCUGCGGGAUUACGUCGUUAUCGCCCGAUCCUCGCCCCAAUUGGAUGUUCCAGCGUGUGGGCAGCACCGUGGACACAAUCAAAACACACUCUACAACCAUGUCGGCCUCCCGUCCUCACACCAACGCUCUUGCCAGGAUCUCCAAAACAAUCAUGAUCAUCUUGCAGCUAUCGCUCGAGUCCCAGCCAGCGAUGAAAAAUGGAUUUGUGAUCGCCAACGCCUUCUGUAUAGCAUUUUACGUCUUCCACUUCAUGCCGUACUACUCCAAAGCCAUGAACUGCAUCCAAGUGACCAUGGGAAUCACAUACAUCAUUACCUCGCUCUUUUCAAUAGCCAUGUUUGUGAAGUUCGGGCUGAACGGAUCAGUGGCGAGCCAGCCCUCGGGUAUCUCGCCGCCCGAUGUCGGAUUCUUUGUUUGGAUUGCUAUUGCCGUGCUUAGCGCGACUGGGUCAUACUUUGCGAUCGAUCGGUACUUUGAGCGGCGUGUACAGCUAUUGCGGCGCACCCUCCAAAAGACGCCGUCGAGAAAACAGUUGAGUGAAGCCACCGACGAGCAGUUCAAUGGACCGUUGUUCUCGCACACCUUCCCCAAUCAUUCUUCGGUUGAGAUCGCCACGCGCUUCAUUCACCACAUUGGGCGUCCCGAUGAAGAAAGCCUCUGCAUCGUCCGGGACAUCUACAUCCGCGGACUGCGACAGUUCAAUGAUGGGUCUCCGGCAAUGUUGGCGACGGCUUCGAUGUUUUUCGGAACGUAUCUUUCAGAUCACCAGGUCUGGAAGCUCUACCUUGACAAGGCCCAGGGUACGUCGCCGUCGUUGGACGUCUCGAUUCUCAUAGCCCAGUCAGAUGCCGAGAGAAAACGCUAUGCUAUCAUCCAACGAAGCAUCUCGGGAACCGAGGAAGUCGACGAGCACCAGCAAAUCGAGCGAAAGCGACUCAUAAAGCGCUGCAAGAAGCUGACGUCCGAGAUCGUCGAUAUGCGUGUGCUGCUGUGGAAGAGCUUGAUGCUCCACAAGCUGGACCGUGACUCGUUGCAAGACAUGACCAUCAAAAUCGGAAAGAAGGAGCAGAAGUGUGAAUACGACUUUAAUUUGCUGAUUCAAAUGUAUCCAGACGACAACGAAGUACUCACCUACUAUGCGGAUUUCAUGGAGCGAGUUCAAAGACAGUUUGACGAAGUCGAUGAACUUUGCGCCUACCUUCGCCAUAGUGCGCAAACAGAGGCAGAUGGAUCACAAUCUGCCCUGGGUCUCUCGCUCAAUCACGACCUUCUAUCGAUCAAAUCCAACGCCAUCCAAGCCCUCAGCAUCAUCACCAUCUCAGUGACCAUUCUUCUCAUGGGUGUUGCUGUCGGCCAAUUGAUUUGGUUCCGCAGUACAAUGGACAGUGUCAGUGCGAGUAUCAACAGCAUUUCCAUGAGUUCGAUUCGACGAUUGACGUCGUCGCUCAUCCCGCUUCGCAUCUUGCAAAUGGCCGAUGCCGCUCGAAACAAUGACUUGGUCACUCUUCAGCUCUACCAGCAGUCCAACGAAGAUGCGUUUACCACCUUCUUUGGCGUCCAAGAAACGCUAUUCUUCUCCUCCGAUCAGACAAAGCCCUCGUACAAAUAUUGGCUGACCCCAUGGAUCCCGCUGAAGUUUUAUCUUCCCGGAAAUGUCACACAGCGCUAUUGGUACAAUCCACUGAGUACCUGGGAUGCCUCGAGUGAGUUUUGGAGAAAGGGGCGAGAAGCCAACGGAAUCAACCCCGAAAUAUAUCGCAACAGCAGCUACCUCAUCAACCCGGCAUGGAGAUAUGUCAUGGAAAACUAUCCGCUGAUCUACACGGACUCAUACGACAUGCUGACCAAGCUGAUAACUACGGAGAACGCCGCUAGCAUUUCAGCAGGAGUUAUAACCGAGUUUGUUGCCCUCGGUAUCAUGGCCGGGAUACUCCUCCUGAUCGGAAUCUUUGUCUUUCGACCGGCCAUGAAUGCUAGCUUUCAAAACACAAACACUGCCGUCAAAGCCGUUCUGGCUCUGCCGAAAGCGAACGUCGAGGAGUGCUAUAGCCAUUCUCUAGCUAUACAGAGAGCAAAGCUGCAUCGUAUCAAGGCGACAAAAAAAGAUGCAUCGCAAAAGGCAAAAGAUCCAUCUUCAGGCAAUUCCAAGGAUAACCUCAAGGACGAGCCGGAGGCAAGCAAGGAAAACCUCAAGACAGACGCCGACCAAGCAAACACCAACGAAAACGAAAGUGAUGGGGGCGAGAGUGACGACGAUGACGACGAUGAUGAUGACGUCAUCUCUGAUUCUCUUACCAAGGACGAUAUCAUCUCCGAGUCACAUCAAAGCCGCUACAGAAGGCUGACGAUGCUCUACUCCAGCUCGCUCUUUGCCAUCCUGGUGGCAUUUGCGAUAUACGCAUCGGUGACUGCACUGGGCUCCAACCAGGUUCUUGAAGCAGGGCAGCGGAUGAACUUGGGCAUGGAGAUUCAAUACGUCGGAUGGAGAAUCGCAUUUGAAGUGAAGGAGCUGAUGGCAUUCGACGGGGUUGCCUUUUUAACAACCAGCGACGUCAAAGGCAACCUCUCCAGCGAUUUGGGAACCUUCAACGGUAUUCAGUUUGCCCUGCUCUUUGGCGAUCUUCAGUACGGCCUGAGCCCCGGACCCCUUCCAGAGGUCUUGGCCCAGGUCAUGUUCACACAGCACUACAAUAUCUCAAGCCCGAAUGGCGGAUGGCAGACUGCAUCUGUGGACGAAAUGGUCAACAUCGCCAUGAACGAACUCCAGAAACUUUUGACCACAAACACAAUCCUGCCUACAAAUCCGUCGGCUCUGCGGGUGAUGGAACUGAUGCCGUGGAUUGUAUCUGGCUUCAACAACCAAACCGUGACGACAACCGGAAUCUUUUACAACAAUGUCCAAACAUACAGCCGCAUCUCAAUAGCUGUCUUUGUGCUCAUCUUGGUAUUUUUGGCCGCCAACUACUUGUUUGUGUUCCGCAGACUACAGCGAAUCACUCAGGAGGGACAUGAGAAUUGCCAGCGGCUGCUCCUGCUGGUGCCCCACAACAACGCCAAUUUCAACAAACCGUUCCAGAUCCUCCUAAAGGGCAAGGCCGGAGCCGAAGAACAUUUCAAGGAUCUGGAGAAGGAGCUCGAGAUCAAUGCGGAACUGGGCGCCUACUCAGACAUGAGCGAGCAGUCCAAGUCACUCACUGGAUCGCAGCAUGGCUCCAGCCUGAUGGGCGACGCAUGCAAUCCUGACCCCGACACGGCCGCCGAGUCCGAUGCACCAAAGUCGCUCCGAUUCUCUGUUGUCCGGGAUACAGCCAGAGAUGCAUAGCGCUCCGUUCCUUGCAUCGCAGUGGCUCUGCAUCUGGUUCUUGCCUCUUGUCUGAAUCGCGUGAAUACAUCCGUGGGGACGACUGAGUGGCAUAAUGAGACCAGAUAUAU